AUGAGAUGCCCAGUUCAGAUCAAGCUUUUAGCCUCCGUGGCGGCGGUGGUCGACUUGGCUGCCGCGCUUACGCGUCGGUCAACAGAUUUCCUCCCAGUCGGCCUUGCCCUAGGCCAAACACCCUCUGUCGAAACCAACAGCUUCGCGGCUUUCACGUUGAACCAGGACACACCACUGGCCACCCUGGACUACGGGAUCGAGCGGGCCGGAUAUGCAUUUUUCGCAGUCUCCAACCUCAGCCAGCCAGUCCAGAUCGAGGUCAGGUACAGCGAGCCAUUCGCGGGCCUAAGCGACCCCUGGUCUGACGGACCGUUUCUUUUCUCGCCCAUGCUAGCUAACCAUUUCCGCGCCGAGACGUUCAAUGUUACCGAGCUGGGCCGCCUCGUUGCGCCACUAAUCCAGGGCGGGCAGCGGUGGCAAUCAAUCACUCUGCUCACCGGUGGAAGUAUAUCCUUUGAGAGUGUGGGGUUUGAAGCCACCGUAGAUCCCACCGCGGUGUCUAAUUUUCCCGGGACUUUUGAUAGCAGCGACGAGGCGUUCAACGAGGUGUGGAAGCUGGGUGCGGUGGCGGUAUCCACCGCGUGCGUGGAAAAAGGAUCGCAGGGCGCGGUAUGGGAGGUGGACUCGGACAAAGGAGUGUUGGUCCGAUCGACGAAACCUGCCAUCACGCUUGAAGCCAUCGACUUUGCCGACUACACAUUGGAGUUCGAGGCCAACAUUGCCAGGGCAGGUUUCUGGUGGAGCAUUGCGAGCACAGAAAGAACUCAGGCGAUCCAACUGAUGCUCGUCGGCGACCUGCCUGAGGAGACCACAUUCGUCAACACGAAUAGGACCUUCCUUCAGCCGAACAACAUCCUUUUAGGUUACGGAUUCGACUUUCUCAACCAGUCGCUUGUGAGGUCGUACCUGCUUGACUACUUCCCUGUUCCAUUUACCGUGAGCGAGGGAACAUGGUACAAUCUGUCGACCUCCCUCUCACAGAGCGGCCGCUUGUCAGUCUCGGUCAGCCAGCAGGAGAUACUUGACGUAUCCCUGCCGAGUUAUCACGUCGGCGGGACCAUAAGUACUAACGGCACCUUCGGGUUCGGCGGGUGGCAGGACCAGGCAGCCUACGUCCGCAACGUGGUCGUCACAGACACCGCCACCGGCGCAGCGCUAUACGCCAACCGCAUGACCUCGCCAGAUGUGCUGGCCGAGUACGGGACCCAAGCCAACAUGGGCUCGGUAUGCGCAGACGGACCAAAGCGCGACAGGAUGGUCUGGCUGGGCGACUUCUACCACACGGCCCGCAUCAUAGCGACGAGCACAUCCCGUAACGAUUUGUCCAGAGGCACGCUGCAGCUCCUGGUAGACACCCAGAAUGACGACGGCGAGCUCAGCAUCAACCCACCGUUGGGCUACAACCCGGCCAAGACGUUCAGCGCCCCCGGCGACCUGGUGGACUACCAGUUUCUCGGGCUCGCCAGCCUCCACAGCUACGUGCAGCACUCCAACGACCUGGCAUUCGUGGCGGACACGUGGCCCCGUUGGCAAAAGUCCGUCUCAUUCCUGCUCAGCACCAUCAGCGCGGCAGACGGGCUCGUCCACGUCCCCGUCGCGUUCCUCGGCCCGACGGACGGCGGCUCGGCCAUCUCGUGCCUCGCGGCACAGGCUCUCCGGGGGCUUGCCGAGAUCGCGGGCGCCCUCAACGACACGACCUCGCAGCAGACCUGGACAUCGGCAGCCGACUCGCUCGCAGAAGCCGUCAACACGCAGCUCUGGGACGACACGCAGGGCGUGUACGCCCUCUCACCCGCCGACACGUCCAACUUCUCCGUCGCCUCCACAGCAUUCUGCAUAACCUCCGGCGUAGCAGACCCAACCCGCGCCGCGCGCUCCCUCGCCGCCGCAGAGUCCCAACUCAGGCUGCCCCCGGGCUACCGCGACUCGACGGCCGCGAACGCCACCUCGGCGCAGAUAUCCCCCAACACGAACGGGUUCCUCCUGGACGCGAUGUUCACGGCCGCGGGCGCCGCGUCCUCGGCGAACGACUCCGCCAAGGCCGGCGGCUAUGUCAGCACCGCCGGCGCGCUGGUCCGCUCGCUGUGGGGCGCGAUGCUGGGCAAUGACACCACGGCCACCGGCGCGAGCUGGGAGUACGUCUCGCAGGCCGGGGACCCCGGCUUGGGCCUCUUCACGAGUCUCGCGCACCCGUGGGGCGGCGCGGCCACGUACAUGCUCACGGAGCGGGUGCUGGGGUUGCGGCCCGCGGACGGGGUCGAGGGCUUCGGGUACGGGAGCUGGGUUGUUGAUGUUUCCGCUGGUCUUGCUCGGGCUGACGCGGGCGAGCGGACGGGUGGUGAGCGCGUUUGGGGACCUGGAGGCUAG